CUCAUCGCGGACACAACAGCUUCCGGUCGACAUCCACCACGAACGACAUCCGCACCACGAACGGCGUCCGCACCGCGAACGACAUAGGCCUCGUAUAGCGGCGCUCACCACCACGGAUAUCGACAAUCGCCACACCAGCACCACGAAACAACCCAUCGCCGCCUGUGUUGCAGACCCUCCCUUCCCUCUGCUCCGGACUCACCGCCCAUAUUCGCCAGCCAAAGCCGCACCUGCGUCUGUCGAGCACCUUUUCUCCCCGUUAUCAGCGACCCAUCUGUUCGCUGUGAAGCGUCCUCUGCUUGUCCUGCUCAACUUGCCAACGUCCGUGGAUAUCGGCUGCCAUUCCCGCUGCUCAAGUUACCUGGCCUUAAUCCCAUCCUGCCCUUUGCAGCCGCAGCUGGAAUCUGCCACCUGAAUCGCAUUCCUUCAACCAUCGUCAUCUCCAUCAUCAUUAUCAUCAUCAUCCGAGAGUUAUAGCCAUGGCAUCGCUCAUUGACCUGUCGGAUACCCCUGCAAGUGGCUCGUCCGACAGAUAUUCCUUCCCGGGCUCAAUGUCAAUGACGACACCCCCAAACUCCAACUGCCCAUCUCCCUUCCUAUCGUCCAAGCCGCUUACACCCAUCAAGCUCCAUCCGCAGAGCUCGCAAGACACCCUCGUCAGCCGGUCAGUGUCGUCGUCUUCGUCGUCGCUGCCCAGGAUACCGGCUGCGUCUCCACCCUCGUCAAAUACGCUGCUGGACUGGUCCUUCGAGCCGAUCACCCCAACGGCGGCGCCGCCAUCGAAGCACAUCCCGUCUCCUUUUUCACAGCCUGGGUCCGCCCAUAAGGCUCGGUCUCGUCUCAGCCAGCAACCGGCCCUUGCCAGCAAACCGUCAUCGCUUUCGUCUCUGUCGUCGGCCACCAUCGCAGCCGAGCCAUCGCACCGUCCGAGUUUGCUGGACGAUCUCAUAUCCCCACAAUCGAGCCACACCGCGCCAUACCCGCCGCUAUCUGCCGAAGCCUCCGAGCUCGACCGAUUCCUGUUCAUCAAAAACAUUCUCGCAUUCCAGAAUUCUAUCAAAGAGCAAAUCCGCCGCUGCGAAACCGCCAAGCAGGAGCACGGCAAGCUGCGUGCCGAGAACGAGAUCCUCUUCAAAUACGUCAACAACCUGGCCGCAACGACAGCGAAAUGGGAGAAGGACCGCGCUGAGCGGGUGGCCCUGGAGCGACGGGAAGAGCAGGAGCGCGAGGACUGGGACUGAGUGAGUCUCUUGCCUUGGUGAUUGCCGGCCUCGAUAUCGCGGAUUGUCUGACCUCGAUGUCCCGAAUACGGGCCUUGGUGCUUGCGCCCUCCCAAAAUGCAGGCACUGCCCGCACUGCCGCUUGGUCCAGCCCACAACAACCUGUGUCUGUCCCUGUGCUUCUGCUGCCUUCUUGGCCUGCGUGGUGGUGUCGCGCCCGCGCUCGGCAAGGACAGCCGCUCUAUUCUGUCGAACGUUUCCGUCUUUGUUGUUGGAAAUAGAGGACCCCAUGAUCGCCCCAGCAA